AUGGACGCAGAAAUCCGAUGCCAUCGUCGCAAAGCCAUCAUGCACCUCUGCAAAGAGCUCAAAUCUCCACUUGACACGGGCCUUCUUAAAUUCGUGCCGUCGUUCUUCCAGCCCGCAGAAAAGAGUAUUCUGGAAAAGUACCCGAUCUCUCAAGAGGCAUGCGAGAGGCAGGGAUAUGACAGCGAAAAUGAUAUCGGUUAUGUUGUCAUUUAUGAGCUGCCGCAACUGAAUCCUGAUCCGGACUGGGACCAGUGCUUGAAAGACACUCUCAAGAGCUUGAUGGAGGACCCCGGUCCUAUAUCUCGACGAGGAAGAGCUAUUUGA